AGUCCCAGUGUAAUAAGGUCCCGGAGAAGUGUCACUGGCCCUGAGUGGGACCCGGUAGCCCGUUCGCUCCGCGCCGGCGGCCUGUCCCCGCGGCUUGGCGGGCUAGGGCAGGGGAAAUGUUGCAGGAGGAGUCGGACCUCUCUCUCAUUAUUGCCCAGAUAGUCCAAAAGCUCAAGGGCUCCAAUUUGUACUCUCAGCUGGAACGGCAGGCCUGGGCCAGUCUUCAGAGACCUGAGAUAAAACUUGAAUCACUGAAAGAAGAUAUUAAGGAAUUCUUUAAAAUAUCAGGUUGGGAGAAGAAACUUCAGAAUGCUGUUUAUAGUGAACUGAGUGUGUUUCCUUUACCUAGUCAUCCUGCUGCACCUCCUGAACAUCUUAAAGAACCUUUGGUAUACAUGAGGAAAGCACAGGGAAGUUGGGAAAAAAGAAUUUUGAAGAGUUUAAAUAGUAUGUGCACUGAACUGAGUAUCCCACUGGCACGAAAGAGGCCAGUUGGAGAACAGAAAGAACUUCUUAAUAAAUGGAAUGAAAUGGGAACUGAUGAACCAGAUUUAAGCCUUUUCAGACCUGUUUAUGCACCUAAGGAUUUUCUUGAGGUAUUAAUUAAUCUUCGAAACCCAAAUUAUGAAAACGGUGAUUCUCUUAGUUUCCGGACUCAUUUGGGUUUAAUUCAAGUUCCACUGAAAGUAAAAGACAUCCCUGAAUUGAAAGAAUGCUUUGUGGAACUUGGCUUAAAUAUAGGACAACUGGGUAUAGAUGAUUCUACACAAGUGCCUCCUGAACUUUUUGAAAAUGAGCAUGUACGUAUUGGGCAAAAAGUUCUAGCAGAACAAGAUAGUGCUGCUGCUCAACAGUACAUCAGACAAGGAAGUCCCACGGCACUGAGAGCUGAAUUGUGGGCUCUCAUUUUGAAUAUUUCCAGCCAACCUGAGGAUGUCUUGUAUUAUGAGCAGCUUAAGACCAAUGUGAUACAACAUGACCUUUUGGUGGACAGUCUAAUCUAUAAAGAUGUGAAGUUGACAGCAAGCAAUGAUGAUUAUUAUUUUGUAUUUGAAGAUUAUUUAUAUCAGGUAUUACUUUGUUUUUCCCGGGAUACAUCUGUGUUGAGUCACUUUGCAUUCAACAGUGCCUCGCCACCAAAAUCAUACAUAAGAGGAAAACUAGGACUGGAAGAAUAUGCUGUCUUUUACCCACCAAAUGGUGUUAUCCCUUUUCAUGGAUUUUCAAUGUAUGUUGCACCACUUUGUUUUCUAUACCAUGAACCUUCCAAAUUGUAUCAGAUAUUCCGUGAGAUGUAUGUGCGUUUUUUCUUCAGACUCCAUUCCAUCUCUUCUCAUCCUUCUGGUAUUGUGUCACUCUGUCUGCUGUUUGAAACUCUUCUUCAAACUUAUCUUCCCCAACUCUUUUAUCAUCUACGGGAAAUUGGAGCUCAACCACUUCGCAUAUCAUUUAAGUGGAUGGUUCGAGCUUUCUCUGGAUACUUAGCUACAGAUCAGCUCUUGCUUUUAUGGGAUAGAAUCCUAGGAUACAACUCUUUGGAAAUUCUUGCUGAUAUGUGGUGUACAUAUACUUACUCAACAAACAUCGAAUACUUACUCUGAGCAAGGUACUGUGCUGGACCUUCAAUGUAUACAGGUAUUUGUGUGAUUGCUUUUUCAGUAUCAAAUGUGGUAAGAGACAGUACCCCCUAUGACAAUAGAAUCUUAGCACAUCUUUCUUAAAGUAAUGGCACCAUCCUUCCUGUGAUAGGAAAAAUAAUGGUUCCUCAAAGAUAUUCAUGUUCUAAUUCCUGAAAACUCUGUAUAUGUUACCUUACCGGCAAAAGGGACUUGCUGAUGUUAUUAACAAUUUUGAGAUGGGGAGAUUAUCCUGGAUUAUCAGGUGGGCCCAAUGUAAAGACAAGUGUUCUUAUAAUUGAAAGUGAAACAGAGAAACAGGAGGGUAUGAGUCACAGAGGGAUUUGAAGGUGUCACACAACUGGCUUUAAAAAUGGAGGAAGGGGCCAUGAGCCAGGAACACAAGCAGCUUCUAGAAGCUGGAAGGAAAUGGAGUCUCCCAUGACUCUCCAGAAGGAAUGCAUCCCUACUGACACCUUGAUUGUAGGACUUUUGACCUCCAGAACUGUAAGAUAAUAAUGUUGUAUUGUUUUGAGCUCCUAUGUGGGUCAUAGUUUGUGACAGCAAUAAGAGACAAUCUGUCUCCUCGCAGCUAAAUUAAGUUUACUGUAUUAACUGUAACAUAUGAAAAUAACAAAUUCACAUUGUUUUAAUAACCCUUUUUAUAAAAUAGGUGAUUCUGCCUGUCUUAAUUUCUCUUGUGUGGUUUUGAUAAUGAUCAAAUGUAAACCAAAAAUAAAAUUCUAAGACCUCCCAACCAUCUAAAUGGACUUCCUCCUUAGCCAGGGCUCUUAAAAUUUAACCUGAAAGACUGGUUCAGGCCAUAAAGGGAAGUAGGGGUUGGACAUGCCUGACUAUACUUCUCCAGCAUUAAAAUCAACACAGACUUUAAGUCUGAUGAGAAACAUUUUACAGCCUGUUCUCCCUGAAGCCCACUAGCUAAAAGCUUCAUCUGCAUGAUAAAACUGGUCUCCACAACCCAAACAUUCUAUUGAUCCCAGGUUUUUAGACAAACUCAACCAAAUGUCAACCAGGAAAUGUUUAAAUUUACCUAUAGCCUUGAUGCCUCCCCGCCUUGAGUUGUCCCGCCUUUCUGGACCAAACCAAUGUCUUUCUUAAAUGUACUUGAUUGAUGGUGCAUGCCUCCCUAAAAUCUAUAAUCUAUAAAACCAAGCUGCAU